AUGGGUUCUGCUUGUUGUGCUACUAGUGAGAGAAGGAUUGAGAUAGAAGAGAGUAAUAGGAAGGGAAUGAAGGGGAAGAAUAGUUUGGAUGAUGAGAAUGUAAAGAAUCUUGAUAGUGAAGAUGAUUCUAUACUACAAGAUUUCAAAAAGACAAUGGCUGUGAGGAAAGAGAUCCAAGAAACCUCUAUUCAAGAAUAUGUCAAGCUUAAUAAAAAUUCUAGAAACCAAUGGUCCAAUUCCUCAAGUUUAAGGUCAAGCCUGAAGAAGAGAACUGGAAAGAAGAGGAAUGUACAAGUGAGGAAUUUUAGGAAACCGAUGAUCAAUGUGGAGUUUGAGGUGUCCUCUGAGAGUGAGGGGAGUCAGAAAUCGUUUUCUAUUGCGGAUAUGAAGAUGAGGAAAUCACAAACUCAAGUAAAGCCGGAUUAUUCUGUUGAUAAGAGUGGGUAUGCAACUCAGAGAGUGAUACCUUCCAAAUUUACACCAAAGUCAUCAAAUAUACAGCAAGAAGGAAGAAAGAGCUUAAUUUUUGAGGAAUCUGUGAAAUAUAAAGCAAUUUUGAUGCAAUAUGAGGGAGAAGAUUCUUCUGAAGCCAUUGCAACUUACUUGAAUGAUAAAUAAAUCCACAUCUUAUUUGAAGAUUGAGAAGACUAAUAGUAAUACAAGCAGAGUGGUAAACCUAGCUGAUAUAUGCCACGAGAGAAGUAGUGACAAUGAGUCAGACCCAGCUUAUGUCUCCCCCCAGUAUGACCAUGAGCAGGAAUAUUAAAAUAGAGUAUUUCAGCCUGAA